UUGAAUUCCCUCCUUAUCACCUCAGGGCAAUAAGUAUUUUCCUUUUGCUUGUUGUUAGGAAAAAGGAAAAAAAAAAAAAAAAUGGCUCAUACCAUUUGCUGGAGCUGUCUGCAUUUUAAUCCAAGCCUAUGAACGGACAUCAGAGUGCCCUUAUGAUAUUUUGCACAAAAGGCUCAGUGUUCAUGGCUGUACUCAGAGAACCCAAAAUAGCAUUCUGCGAGCAGUGACAUACGGGUGGUGUUGUACUAAGAGCACAAUCGUCUCCAGCUCAGAGCAGUGUAGCCCAUGUCCAGUCUGAGGAGAAGCCCGUGAAGAAAAGUAAGAACCAUCUCUCCUCCCUUCCUCAUGUGUUUGUCAUGAAUUUUGAAUUUCAAUUUUUGCAGAACUCCUAGAACUUGAAGAUAACACAGGAAUAUGAAAGAUACCUAAGACUUAAAAAGAUUAUAAAGGAACAUACAGUUUUGUUUGCAACUACUCUUUCCUCUGAAGAAUACCAGUUGGAAUCAAAAGAGCAGAAUGAAUUGUUGCUUAUUGCUACCUUUCCUGUUGGGAAUUCCUCUCAUAUGGCCUUGCUUUACAGCAACAGAAAUCUCUACAACAGACGAGGUUAAGCACCCAGUGGGUUCUCAUUUCAGAGUGAAGCGUGGUUGGAUGUGGAACCAGUUUUUUGUACCAGAGGAAAUGAAUAAGACUAAUUAUCACAUUGGCCAGCUAAGAUCUGAUUUAGACAAUGGAAACAACUCUUUCCAGUACAAGCUUUUGGGAGCUGGAGCUGGAAGUACUUUUGUCAUUGAUGAGAGAACAGGUGACAUAUAUGCCGUCCAGAAGCUUGAUAGAGAGGAACGAUCCCUCUACACUCUAAGAGCCCAGGUAAUAGACAGCACUACUGGAAGGGCUGUGGAACCUGAGUCUGAGUUUGUCAUCAGAGUUUCGGAUAUCAAUGACAAUGAACCAAAAUUCCUAGAUGAACCUUAUGAGGCCAUUGUACCAGAGAUGUCUCCAGAAGGAACAUUAGUCAUCCAAGUGACAGCAAAUGAUGCUGAUGAUCCUUCAAGUGGCAAUAAUGCUCGUCUCCUGUACAGUUUACUACAAGGCCAACCAUAUUUCUCCAUUGAGCCAACAACAGGAGUCAUAAGAAUAUCUUCUAAAAUGGAUAGAGAACUGCAAGAUGAGUAUUGGGUAAUUAUUCAAGCCAAAGAUAUGAUUGGUCUGCCUGGGGCACUGUCUGGAACAACAAGUGUAUUAAUUAAACUUUCUGAUGUGAACGACAAUAAACCUAUAUUUAAGGAACGUUUAUACCGCUUGACUGUUUCUGAAUCUGCACCCGCUGGGACUUCAAUAGGAAAAAUCAUGGCAUAUGAUAAUGAUAUUGGAGAGAAUGCGGAAAUGGAUUACAGCAUUGAAGAUGAUUCACAAACAUUUGACAUAAUUACUAAUAAUGAGACACAAGAAGGAAUAGUUAUAUUAAAAAAGAAAGUGGAUUUUGAGCACCAAAACCAAUAUCGUAUUAGAGCAAAUGUUAAAAACCGCCAUGUUGAUGAGAAGCUCGUGGAAUACCAUGUUGAAGCUUCAACCACUCUCAUUAGGGUCCAGGUGGAAGAUGAAGAUGAACCUCCUGUGUUCCUCCUCCCGUAUUACCUAUUUGAAAUCUUUGAAGAAAGCCCACGUGGAUCAUUUGUAGGCAUGGUCUCCGCCAUAGAUCCAGAUCAGAGGAAAUCUCCUAUCAGGUAUUCUAUGACCAGAAGCAAAAUGUUCAGUAUUGAUACCAACGGCACAAUCAUCGCAACUAACCCUCUUGAUCGAGAGAUUAGUGCUUGGUACAACCUAAGUAUUAUAGCCACAGAGAAAUACAAUGUGCAACAGAUUUCUGCAGUUCCUGUGUAUGUGCAAGUUCUUAAUGUUAAUGAUCAUGCUCCCGAGUUCUCUGAAUACUAUGACACAUAUGUUUGUGAAAAUGCAGGCUCUGGUCAGGUAGUUCAGACCAUCAGUGCAGUGGAUAGAGAUGAAUCCAUAGAAGAUCACCACUUUUACUUUAAUCUACCUGUGGAAGACACAAAGAACUCAAGUUUCAUAAUCAUAGAUAAUGAAGAUAACACAGCUGUAAUUUUGACCAAUAGAACUGGUUUUAGCGUUCAGGAAGAGCCUGUCUUCUACAUGUCUGUCCUAAUUGCUGACAAUGGAAUCCCGUCACUUACAAGUACAAACACCCUUACCAUACACAUCUGUGACUGUGAUGACUCAGGCAGUACACACACCUGCAGGAAUAAGGACCUUACACUUGCCAUGGGAUUCAGAACAGAAGUCAUACUUGCUAUUUUGAUAAGCAUCAUGAUGAUAUUUGGGUUUGUUUUUUUGAUCUUAGGCCUGAAGCAGCGAAGAAAGCAGACUCUCUUUCCAGAGAAAGGUGAAGACUUCCGAGAGAAUAUAUUCAGAUACGACGACGAAGGGGGAGGAGAAGAAGAUACAGAGGCUUUUGAUACUGCGGAGCUGCGGAGUAGCACCACCUUGCGGGAACGCCAGGCACGGAAAACCGCUCCCGCAGAGAUCAGGAGUCUGUACCGCCAGUCCUUACAGGUUGGCCCAGACAGUGCCAUCUUCCGGAAAUUCAUUCUAGAAAAGCUCCAAGAAGCUAAUACUGAUCCUUGUGCCCCUCCUUUUGACUCCCUCCAGACCUACGCUUUUGAGGGAGCAGGGUCAUUAGCUGGGUCUCUGAGCUCCUUAGGAUCAGCAGUCUCUGACCAGGAUGAAAAUUAUGAUUACCUUAACGAGUUGGGACCUCGCUUUAAAAGAUUAGCAUGCAUGUUUGGUUCUGCUAUGCCGUCAAAUAAUUAGAGCUUUUUUUAUUUUUAAAAUUUUAAAAGUGCUAAUAUGUGUUUGGGCAAAUUGGUAGUCUCUUAGUUAAGAGUGGUUUCCAGUUCUCGGUGUAGGGGAGAAAAGUUGUAGCGUCUUCGGAUUUCCUGGGAGUGAAUACCCCUUGGUUGUUUCAAGCUACCCACAUGUUGUCCCCGAAUACAGAUGUGGAGUGAUGCUAACCACCAGCUCUCUGCAGGCCAACUCUGGCAUAUAACUGAAAUAUUCCUCUAGCAUUUUUUUUCACUACAAUCCAAUACAAAGUCUCAAAAUUUUUGAAUGUUUAAUGUGAGAAAGGCCCUCAACUAGAUCACCUUAAUAUUAUUUCAUUUAUCCUUUUUUUUUUUUUUAAUCUUACCAAGUGAGAGUAAAGUGUUUAUGUGUUUUAAGUUCCUGAUGUGGGCGCCUGGGUGGCUCAGUUGGUUAAGUUCCUGAAGCUACAUGGAGAUAACACCUAGUAGAAUCUGGGUGAUUAUAUAAAAUUUUCAAAAACUGUUUCUUUUUUAUGAAUAAGCAAGUUUCUGACUGAGAUUCUAUGAUUCACAAUAGUUUGAUAUUUUAAAAUCAUUGUCAAGACCAUACUUGAAAACUGAUCUCAAAUUUAGACAGAUUCUUGGUCUAUGUUAAUUAAUCAAAGAUACAGUAUAGAUUUGUAUUGUCUUUGGUAUUACAGAUUUGUAUAAAAAAGGAAGUAUGAAAAUAUGUCUGGGAGAUUUUUAUGUCAUUUUUAUAUGUAACCAAAACACAUCUUUAUCAUGUCACAAUGCAAUAACAAAAUACAUGUCAAGGUUUACUCAACAUUAAAUUUAAACGUUAUGAUAAUUGUGGAAAGCGUGAAAAAUUUUAAGUAAAUUUUUAUUGCCACUAAAAAUGAUAGCAAUAAAUGAAAGAAGUAUUUGAUUCAAAGUUGAAUUAAUAUUCAUCCAAAAUAUUUUGAUCACCCUUACUGAUUCUUACCAUGCAUAGAAUAAAACAUUAUAAAAUUCUCAGCAUUUCCUUUUUAUUAAGAACUUAGACCAGAACUGAUUCUUCAGUGUCAUUUUUUUAUUAUGGGAUAUAAAAUUAGGUGCAAUAGUUCCUUUUAUUGUAACAUUAUGAAGGAAGUAUGCUAAGCUGCUGGACAUGAUAAAAUCCAUGGUAACAUCCAGAUAACAAGCUUUAUGAUAACAUCAGAUAAUAAGAUAAUAAAACCCUUUAAUUUUAAUCAGCAUUUUAAGAACGAUCCUUAUUAUUUUAUCCAAAUCAAGAUGGAAUUCAAAAUUCAUAGGUUGAACAGAAAAAAUGGUGAAUACAGUGUCCUCAAAAUUGUUUUAUAUGUUCAUUUCUUAUUAGCAGCAUGUGAAAAUGAGCUGAACCAAAUUGACCAUAUAUAUUUAGGUAAAAUAUUUUGAAUAAUUUUUAGCUAAAGAUAGUGGAUUUGAAUAGUUACAGUAUUGUUUUCCUCUGCACUUGGAAACAUAAACACCACACCAUGUAAUAGAAGCAAGGUUUUCCAUCAAUAUCAAUUCAGAUACCAUUAUGUCAGCAACGUAGGUAUCAUCACCUUACAAAAGCCCAAGACUGGAAAUACAACAAUUUAGGAGGAUAUUAAAAGUAGAUGAGAAGUCAUAAGCCAUAGAAAAUCUUUAUGCAUUCAUAUCAUCAUUUACUUAGGGAAGAGUGUGAAUACUAAACAAAACAAAAUGUUAAAAGAAAAAACGUGCUAAUAAAAUAGAAAUGUAUGAGUUGAGAGAACAUUUCUAUUUCUAUCAUAUUGACAUAAAAAUUGAAAGAGUAUAAUUGGGGAUAUUUUCAGGAAUUAUUCCAUAAAGGAUUGUUCCCCGUAUUUAAAAGAUAGUGUUACAUAAUCUUGGUUGAAGAAUUGGAAAGUACGAUAAACAACAGGUAAAUCAAUCCAUGGAAGAUAGAUGAGAAAAACAGAAAUAGGGUUUUCUGAGGAUCCAGUGGGUUCUGUCAUGGGACAGAACAACCUAUCAAUUUGGAUGAACACUUUAAAAAAUGACCAUCUGCAUCAACGGGGUUUCAUGUUUGAGCCCUGUGGCACUAAGCAGAUGUGUUAAAAUAAAUUCUGGUUUAGUUGAUGAUGGGAUUGUUAAUUAUAGGUACAUAGGAAAAGAACAUACAUGGUUGCAUAUCUAUUUGCUAGUCUAAAAAAUGUCCUUUUAAACUAUAUCAAAAAAUACUAUCUGAUUCUUGUACAGAAGUUGCAAUUUCCUUGAAAUUAUACUCGGUCACAUUUCAAUCACACUUGACCUUUUUGUAGUCACCUGGGUGUUGCAAGAACACAGCUGUAUCCUAAGCUAAAGACAUGGCAUUAAGAUCUCAUUUUUGUAAAUUUUCAUAAAGGCUAAAUCAAUGCAGAUAUUUAUGAAAAUAGCACAGCUUCACAUUAAUACCUGCGGUGCUUAAAUAUUACCCUUCGUUAACUCACAGGACAUAGGAAAAAAUAAUUUUAAAAGUGUUUUUGACACUGACCAGAAGCUGUGCAAACUGUCUGGGAUUUGGCCAAGGUGGGCAUCAGAAAGAUCAAUGCAAAUGUAUGUAAAAACUGAAUAGUAUAAAACAUUUUCAUGAUGUUUCUUCCAAGUUCCAGCUAAUCAAUAAUCUGUAUACAACAACAUAUCAAAUCAAUUUGGAAUUUCAUAUAUUUUAAAUAAUUCAAAAAUCAAUUCUUAUCUAAAUCAGAAGCAAAAUACAAAAAAGUAAACAUAAUUUUAGUGUCCUUAAAAAUUUGUGAGCAUAUGAAAAUAGUUUACAGAACUAUUUCAUGUCAUUCUUUUGUGCUUAUUCAUUUUAAUAUUUAAAACGUGAUAUGUUCUAUUGAGUUCUGCAGUGCUAAGUGAUUUAUCUCAGCUACAAAUAAGGCUGCACAUGUAAAAUAACUCAUAUCCAUGAUUACAUAGAGGUCCAAAUCUGUAGAAUGUUUUGUCUAGAAAAGGGAGUGGAGCUGAUGUAUGUAUUCACAUGUUUCCAUAAUAUCUCAUUUACAUGCUAGUGAGAAUAAGUGGUCUAUGAAGUACAUUUUUAAUUAUUUUCCAGUUGCUAACAUUUCUUUGUUGUGUAAACUUUGAUGAAUUAUUUAAAAUGUUAUCUUUUGGUACCUUAAUUUGUACAGUAAGGAUAUUAAAAAUAGAUAAUCAGAUUUUCAUAGGAAUUAAUAAAAAUAAUACAUAUAAAGAAUGAAUUAUGCCUCAUGUAGAGAAUGUAUGACAUUUUAUCUGUUAUUGUUAACAUAACAAUUAUUGUGACAUUAUUAAGUUUAUCUUUAGAAAUGCUCAUAGACCAAGCUCAUUCCUCUACAAUUAAUGUGGACAAGAAGAAAAUGAAUUAAUGCAGGACAAUAAUUAGCUUGCUUUUACUUACUGCCUCCCCACCUUGACCCUUCCUGGGUAAUGUUCCAUUAUUACCAAAGGAAAAAAUUAAUUGCUCAAGUUAUGCAUUAUGUAUGAGAUGUUCUGAUUGAAAGUCACUCCCCUAUGGCAUUUAUUUGGGGGAAAAACUCUGCUAAGUAAUAACCACAGAUCAUGGCAACUUUAUGUAGGUAUGGGUAUUUUAGGGAAAAAAACUGUCAAAAAAGAAAGGGGUUUGCUCACUUAGUCACUAAUGCACAAAUGAAAUUAUUUCUAUGUUAUAUUAGAUUUACAUGGAAGAAAUAAAACAAACAUGCUAACAGCUCCAUAAGAAAGCUUUCAAACCUGUUGUUGAUAACAUCCGAUGCCCAAAGUUCUAAUUUUAUAUUAGGAAUUUAAAAUUAAAUUAAAAAACAGAUUGUUCUCAUCACCUCUGACAAUACAAAAUGAAAAUCUGCACCCUUGGCUUUUACCUACGCUGUCCUAUCCUCUCUCUUUUUAAAAAACAAUAAUUAAGAAUACAUUGCCAUAUGUUCUCUGCUGAGUAAAUUUUUAUCCUCUUGUCUUUUUUAUCCAAUCUUAGGGCUCAGGCAAGUUCUAGGCAAUUGUCCAGCUUAUACCGACACCUUGGUUUUCAGAUACUUCUUUCUUAUUCCAGAUGACCUCUACAUAAUUCUGGAAGCUUCCUCUGCAGCACUAAUUACCUAAUUUUAACUCUAUUAAAACUUAACACAUAUCUGCACUUGACAUAUUCAGUUUACAUAGAGAGAAUUUCACCCGAUUAUUUGAAAAUGGUUUAAGUUUGACUAAAUGUAUAAAUUAAAUUAGAAGUGGAUAAAUCACAUAAUAUAUUUAUCCAAAGCAAUUUAUCAUUAUCACACAUUGUUUAAUAAUAACACAGUUUUUAAGAGCAAAGAUUUCUUUUUUAUAAAAUAGUGUCUACAGUCAUGGUACUUUAUUUUUGUGUAAAUACCUGAAAGUAAAAUCUUACCAAGGCACAGGCUAAGAAAAAUUGUGAACUGUAAAAAUUCUAAGUAUUUUUCCCAUCGGGUUCACUCAUUCUUAAUAAGUAAAUUAACAAACAUCGAAGAUUUUAUCCACUGGUAGUAUCUAGGGAGCAUCUCUAAGUGGAGCGCUAUGUAAUAAACCCUGAAUAGAAUCUCAGCAAAGGAAAUAUCAGGGUCUUAGCCUGAAAAAUAUCGGCAAGGAACACUUGGAAUUGAAGGAAGCAGAUGUGACCAGAAUGACUGAGUACUGCUAACGUGAGACUUGGUGCUGAGCCCAGCUCCCUCCGUGCUUCACAAGGAAUAUCUGCCUCUUAGCCGUCUUCCCAUAGUUAUGCUACUGGCCAAAAAGAGGAAAAUAUUAAUGAUGGGAGGAUUUGUAUUCUUUCAAAUGUUUCUGAAUAUAGCAAACAAAGCAGUUCCCCUAAAUCUCUCUCACUCUUUUUGUUUUAAGCACCUGUAUUUCUAGGUCCUAUUCUCAGUGGUUUUCUUUUUUUUCUUUUCUUUUCUUUUUUUAAUGUGUUAUCUCAUUUAAUCAUCUAUUGUGUGAGGGAGGCACUGGUGUUAUUCCCAGGAUACUAACAAGGAAAUUGAGACAAAGAGAAAAAGAGACACAAGGCAAAUUGAGACAAAGAGACACAAAUUACUUCAGUAAUUUGCCUGAAGUCAUAUAUGUAAUAAGUAGUAAUAAUGCACACCUAGGCAAGCUAGUUCUAGAUUCCAGGCUUUUAUCCAUUACACCAUGCUGUCUGUCCAUUUACCGCAGCUCCUUAGGUUAUUAACCUUGGGGCUUUUUAAUAUGACAUAUUUUUCUGUCUCCAUAGUAACAAUCCUCCCAUAAAGGGUAUUCAAACAAAUAAUUGUGUGCAAUUUUUAUAUCAUAAUUAGCAAAUAAAUGAUGAGCACAAGAAAGAUAGAAGAUUAAGGCAAGAAAAUAUAUAUUUUUUUAAACCCCACUAAGUUCACAUUGGAGAACUCACAGCAAUUGCCAUUUGUUUGCAUUGCUUUCAUUACAUCCUCCUGCUUCUUCCUUGGAUCUUCCUUCGAUUUGGCAUUUUCUGUAUCAUAUACCACUUACACUAAAAUGUGCUUGAUUUUUUUGCCUUUUUUUCCAUCAUUUAAUCAUCAACUAGAGACAGGGAUUAGCUGUUUUUGAGCAAUGAUUUUUGAGAUUCGUGGGGACAGAACAGAGCACUGAGACUCACAGGGCUGGUGAAUGAUUUGAAUGCGGAGGCAGCAGAAAGUAAGCUUACAUUAAUAUCAGACCUGGUUCCCUGAUUUAUCUUUCAACAGUGAUCUGUGUUCUAGGAAUGAAAGCAAGAUAAUAAGCCCGACAUGUUCCUUUAACUUUUCCCUUCUGAUAUCAGACUGCAUGGUCUCUAUCUUACCAAGGGGUGUAAUAUUCCUUGAUUAAAGGAGACAGCACUGGUCAACAGAUGACCCCAAAUACCAGGAUAAUAGGCACGAUCACUAGUGUACCUCUAUCGAUUCUUCUAGCAUGCGUCCACUUCACUUAGGAUAAAAACGAAGUGGAGGUUCCCUUUGGUUCCCAGCAAUUCAUGGUAUCAAGUGAACACAUUGGGAAGCACAUUAAUCACCUGAUUUUUUGCACAUCUGAACUGUAAUUGAGUUAUUUUUGACCUUCCGACAAAUAUAUUUUAAUGAGGUAUUGAUUUUUAAGGUGGCCGACACAGAACAGUACAAGUCGAUUUAAUAAUAUGCAUUUUUAACUUGAAAUUCCUUGUUUAAGAAUGUCUUCUGCUCAAAUUAGGGUCAAAUCAGGCAAAUCUUUAAAAUCAUAAACCCAGCGAAGGUGCAAACAAGAAAGAGAAAAUAAAUCACGAGCCGUAGAUCCAGACCCCUUUUAAAAGGGCAACUAUGCUUACGAGAUGGCUUUCCAUGCUCUUUCUACUUUUCUUGGUGGAAAGCAAGUACUCUGAAAUCCUUUCUCUGUAAUAUUUUUAGAGAAAAUAUUAGAACAUGGGGGCCGGUUUGUAACAUGGAAUCACUAAUGUAUUCCUUACUAGGCAAUUAAAAUGGCUUGUUCCUGCUACUAACCUGAGGUUUGACUCUUAUCUGGCAAAAGCAAGGUUGACAAGUCAUAAGCAAGAUCUGCUCCAGCCGUAGGUGCAUUCUACCCAUUUUGAUUUAGAUGGAAGACUGCCCUUCUGUAUUUUGUGCCAAGGCAAACAUUACCAUUAUCAACUCAGAGGUAGGGAAUAUAAUUGAAUAUGUAUAAGGAAGUAGCACCAACCGACACAGAAUUGUAUAACUUUAUAUUACAUUAAAAUCCUAAAUUUCUUAUGGAUUCUAAUUUUGUUUUCCUAUUGGUUUGCAACAUUAAUAAACAUUAAUAGAUUUAUUGAACUAUAUAGCAAUAACUAGAACUGAAGUCAUAGUUUAGACUUUUAUGAGUGAAUCAUCCUAGAGUAUUUAACAUUCCAGAUUGCAGAAGGUUUCUGCCCUUGUAAAUCAUUUGCUACUUUAUAAUGUGUUCUCUUUUCUAAUUAAAUUGAUUGCACAAAGCUGGUAGAACCUUGGGAUUUGAACUCAAAGAGCAUUAUGGAGGCAGAGCUAUUCAUUUCUGAGCUGGUUCCUGUUUUGUCACAUACCAAACUAUUCUAAAAGCCAGAUGCUAUUUUCUAUGGCAUGUCUGCUACUCCCUAAGGUAGAUUUCAGCCCCCAAUAUUCCCUUCCCUAAUCACUUCCAUUUAUUUUUAUACUGUAUAUAACAUUAAGUAAAUCAGAGUAUUCCAUUAUGACCUCUAAUUGCUUUUCUGAAGAGUAGGCUUCUUAAAUGUAUUAAAUAUGUUAAACAUGGCAACAGUCCCACUGAGAGACAUAGGGAUCUCAACAACAUCAUCACCUUUAUAAAGCAAUUGAAGAUGCUUCUCUUUUUCCAGGCAGUUCUUUAAUUCAAGUAGAAGUAAUCUGAGAUGUGGCUUUUAUAAUUAGCCUUUGCCUUAAGACAUUGCCCCAGAAGAGAAAAGAUCAGAAUAAUAAUGAAAUUUUAAAUAACAUACCUACACUGCUUUGCAUUAAUAAUAGAAGAGCCAAGGGAUAUUGGUUGGAAUACUCAAGUAUUUAGUAGAUAUCUUUUGGGGAAAUAUAGUGUAUGGUUAGCAUUGUUAAUCUUUUCCAAAGUUAAAUCUCAGACUGUUAAACAACUGUUAAACUACUUGUAAGUCAGUAUGUCCCUAAAGUGUCCCUCAACUACUAAAAAUAUCAAGAGGUGAAAAUGCAAAUUUUAGAAGAUAUUUUGCUUCCUAAGCAAUUACUUUCAUCAAAUGAUCCACUUUAAAAAUACUAUUAAAUAUCUUUAAAAUGUGACCUCUAUAUGAUUGAUCCCUAUACCGUUUCAUUUUUAGGAUGAUUUGGUUCUAAAAUACUAAGUGACACACACACACACACACACACACACACUUACCCUAAGUACUACACCAAGCUGUGCAAUGUAAAAUACUGUUACAAAUAUAUAAUAGGCUGCAGAAGUCACACCCUAAGAUAGUGACAAUCUAUUCUGCUAUAUUCUCAUCCUAGGCUCUUUCUAAUGACACGAAGCCAUCUCACUUAUUCAACUUCCACUUUUAAUCCCAAACAGCAAAUAUUUAUUGAGUACCCACUACAUGGCAAGCAUUUUAGCAGAUGUUGAGAAAAUCAGGGAGAAUAACACAUGGUCUCCCAACACCAAAAACACAAGAGACGUGUGCCCAGCAGUACAUUUAUCACAAUCCAGAUGCUAUUGGAGGUAAAUAUAAAGUGGCCUUGGAACAUGGUGGAGGGAACCACUCACUGGCUCAUUAUGGCAGUAGAGAAUAUGGCAGAGAAAAGCAGUGAGGAUACACUUUGCUUCACAAGAAGGUGAUAUUCGAGCCAUGGUUUGAAGAAGAUUGAUAAGGAUAUAGUCAUUCCCACAAUCUUUGCAGAUACCAUACCAUACCCCUGACACAUGUACCUCCCACACAGUGGAAUUUCUUUGGAUGUUAGAACUUGCUUGUGACACCUUGCUACGUUUGUAGGUACACAAGAGUUACCUCAAAGCUAGGCUUCCACCAAAGACACAGUAGUGAAUACCAGUCAUGUUGCAAAGGCAAACACUUAGGUAGGGAGCUUAAUCCCGCUGUGGAAAGAGAGCACUGUAUUGCACAACUCAAGGGCUGCCAUUCAUUUGUCAUUCCGUGUUGUAUAGUGUUUGAUUUAUGAGACAACGCUGGCCACAAAUGGCUUCCUCCCAAGAAAAUUUUGAAUAUAUUUUAUUUUUUAAAAACAAUUUUAGGGGCACCUGGGUGGCUCAGAUGGUUAAGCGUCUGCCUUCGGCUCGGGUCAUGAUCCCAGAGUCCUGGGAUCGAGCCCCACAUCGGGCUCCUGGCUCAGCGGGAAGCCUGCUUCCCCCUCUCCCUCUCUCCCUGCUCAUGCUCUCUCUCUCUCUGUGUCUCAAAUGAAUAAAUUUUAAAAAAUCUUAAAAAAAAACAAAAACAAUUUUAGAUUUACUGAAAAGUUGUGAUGACAAUAUAGUCUUCCCAUAAAACACUUGUCCAGUUCCCCCUAGUAUUAACAUUUUCCAUUAGUGCAACAUGGUUAUUCUAAUUAAUGAACCAGUAAUGAUACAUCAUUACUAAAACUCAUAAUUUAUUCAAAUUUCCAUAGACUUUACCUAAUGUCUCUCUUGUUCCAGCAUCCUAUCCAGGGUACCUGCCACAUUACUUUGUUUUCACGCUCCUUAGUCUCCUCUUAGCUGUGAUAGUUUCUCAGGCUUUCAUUGGUAGAGAUGACCUUGACUGUUUUGAGUAGCUCUGGUUGGGUAUUUUGUAGAAUGUCCCUCUGUUAGAUUUUGACUAGUGCUUUCCUAAUGAUCAGACUGGGGUUAUGGGUUUUGAGGAGGAAUAUCAUUGAGGUAAACUAUCAUUUUCAUUAUAUGGUAACUCAAGGGUACAUACUAUCAGCGUGGUUUAUUUCUGCUGAUGUUGACCUUGAUUACCUGCUUGAGGUAGUGUUUUGCCAAUUUUCUCCACUCUAAAGUUAAUCUUUUUUCUCUCUUUCCAUACUAUACUUUUUGCAAGGAAGUACCUAUGUGGAUCCCAUACCUAGGACAUGGAAAAUUAUGCUUCCUCUCACUGAAGAUCAUUUUUUUAUGGACUAUGUGUCUAUUCUCCCAACUUAUUUACUUAUUUGUUCACUCAUUUAUAUCAGUAUGUACUUAUGGAUACUUUUGUUCUAUUUUAGGUUAUAAUAUAAUAUUACUUAAUUUUGUUGCUCAAAUUGUUCCAGCUUUGGUCAUUGGGAGUUCUUACAGUUGGCUUUUGUGUCCUUAUGACAUACCCGUGUGUGUGUGUGUGUGUGUGUGUGUAGUGCUCCUCACUUUUCAGCACUAUCACAUGCUCUAGGCUUAUCAUGUAUAUUCCCUGCUCCACUCCCAGAAGAAGCCAUUUCUCCAAAGAGCCACAGGGUAAAUGUUAUUGGAGAAUGAUGUUAGAUACCAAGUUUGGGCAAUAGGUGUUGUUAUUGCUACGGGGAUAUUAUUUCUUUCCUAUUAGGCCUUUUCAGCUGACAGAGCAAGGAAAUGUAUGUGUGUUUUUACUGUUACUUGCAUAUACACAUAUCUUAAUCAUAUCAUAAAUAUUUCCACACAUUACCACCUGCAUCUGCAUUAAGCAAAAUAUGAGUUUAUGCUCAUGGUUCCAACACUAAUCCACUAGCUCAUGGAUCAUCCUAGCCUUCUACACUUGAUUAUUAUAUCUAAA